AUGGCCCUUUCUGCUGCUGACCUUCAGAAGAAACACGACAUGGAAGGCGCUCCGGACCCUUUUGCUCCGACUCCUGAGGAGCAGGUUGAACCUCGUUCCAAACCCCUCAAGCAGGAAUUGGAUACCAACUCGCACCAGGCUUUCCCGUCUCUCGCUUCUUCGGCUCCAACGACAAAACCGGCUACCCAGUCAGCGUGGGGCGCUGCCAAUGGUCCCCGCAUCAAACCUGUAAUCAACAAGCAACCCGUCUUCACCGAUUCUUUCACACUCGGGACAGUCGAGCUUACUACUAAGGACAACAAACCGGUAACCCUCGGAGAAACCAUCAAGCAGGUCAUGGCGAAAUACAAAGUAAAGGUCGAAGCUUCUGGGAAUCAAAGAGGCCACCAGACUACAUUUCAUAUGAAGGCCGAGUCUCAGAGAGAGUUGGACAAGGCUAAAAGGUUGCUGCUGGCUCUUCUCAGUCCCAUUGAAACUUUCAAUGUCACUGCUCCGAUUUCUACGAUUCCGACUAUCAUUGGACCCAAAGGCGCGACGUUGAAGCAAAUCCGAGAUCAAACUGGUGCUAAAAUUGAUGUUCCUCCGAAGGACUCCGCCAACGGUACUUCAAAUGGUCACGCCGUUGGAGACGAUGAAGACGAGGAACCUUCCGUCCAAAUUACUGUCAUGGGCCCUAAACCAUUGGCCCUCGAGGCUGUGGAUUUGAUUAACCAGAUCGUUGCCUCCAAGACAUCGAGGAUCACCCAGCGCGUUCGUGAUAUUCCGCCCCAUGUCCUUCCUUUCAUUCUCGCCAGGAAAAGCGUUUUCGAAGCUGCCGCUCAAGGUAGUGAACUGAAACUUCAGAGUGGCCAUUUUGAAGUCACCGCUAGCGGUGAACGCGACGCCGUCCAUCGUGCCCUCGAUUUGAUCAAGGCAGACAUCGCUGAACUAUCGUCCAACCUAACUUCGCUCAAGAUUUCACUACCGAAGAGACAGCACCGUCUCUUAGUUGGCAAGGGUGCGCAGGGUGUCAUGGCUAAAAGUAAAUGUGCCGUUAUGGUUAACUUUGAUGACCCCAGUGAUGAAAUUGCUGUCUGGGGUCAUGCAGCGGAUCUCCCCUCUGGUCUUGCGGCAGUUAUGGAACAAGCUAACUCGAAAUACAUCCAUGAGUUCCCACUUCCUGGACCUGUAACCUUGUCCAAGCAGCUUUUGGAGUAUAUGAACCGUAUCGAUUACCCGAAGACAUUAAGCGAGAAACACCCUGGUGUUUCAAUUUUCACUCCCGCACCUGCUACUGUCGACCGCGCGCAUUCUCUGGUUAUUGACAUUGUUGGCGACAAGCCUGCUGUAGACGCUGUGGUCAGGCAGGUUUCUGAACUGAUUGGCAAACUCAUCGGUGCCACAAAGGAUGUUUCUAUCGAUUGGCUCCUCCAUCGUAUCAUCAACGGCAAGAAUGCCAAAAAGAUCAAGCAGUUCCACGAUAUCUACAACGUCUUGGUGUAUUUCCCCGCCGAAUCUGCUGAGCAGUCUUCCGUUCUUUUGGUCUAUGAUCCAUUUGGCAAAGCUGCCUCGCCCUCUCCCGACGAUAAGGCGAAAAGCUUGGACGAGGUCACCAAGGAGCUUAUGAAAAUGGUCAAAGAGGCUGCCGACGUUAAGAGUGACACUCUGCAAGUAGAGAAACGCUGGCAUGAAGCUAUCAUUGGUCAAGGUGGUACCACUUUAAAUGCGAUCAUUGGCGAAGACAAAGCUCUUUCCAUUAAGUUUGGGGUCGAAGCUGGCGAUUCUGCAACCGAAGAUUCCAUACUUAUCCGCGGUACAAGCGCUGACGUUUCUCGGGCCGCCAAGGAAAUCCUUCAGAUCGUAGAAAAUGCAAAAAACGAUGAAAUCGUGAACAGCUACUCAACUGAGUUCGACAUUGACCGGGAAUAUGUAGGUCGGGUCGUCGGUGCUCAAGGUGCAGGCAUCAAUAAACUUCGGGAUCAACUUGGUGUUAGGGUGGAUGUCUUGGACGAUACAGACGAAAAGGAAUCAGGUAAAAAGAAAAAGGCUGUUCACCAUAAGUCCAAAGUUAAGAUCACAGGGAGAAAGGAGAACGUCGAGGAAGCCCAGAAACGUAUUAAUGCUCAGAUUGAGAAACUCGCCGAUGAAACCUCUGAAAUUCUUCAAAUACCCACCAAAUACCAUUCUGGACUCAUUGGACAAUUCGGUAAAUACGUUAUUCGGCUAGAGGAAAACUAUUCUGUCAAGAUCACUUUCCCCCGUCAAACAGCGGAGAAUGGAGAAGGGAAGACUAGGGAGCAGCUUAAGCCUGAUGAAGUUCUUAUCAAGGGUGGAAAGAAGGGUGUUGCCGGUGCAAAGGCGGAACUCCUCGACGCUGUUGAAUUUGAGAAAGAAACCAACAAUGUUCUAAAAUUCACAGUCCCUACCCGCUCUGUUGCUCGUAUUCUAGGCAAAGGUGGAAAAUCUAUCAACGAGAUCAAGGACACGACCGAUGCCCAGAUCGACGUCGAAAAAGUUAGUGACGAUCAAACGAACAUCACAGUUCGCGGAACGAAAAAAGCGAUCAAUGCUGCAAAAAUUGCCAUCCUUGCUAUCGCUGACCAGGUUGCGGAAGAACUCGCUCUCACUGUUCCCGUUGAAAGCAAGUAUCACCGUACGCUCAUCGGUGUCGGUGGUCAGGGUCUCAAAGACCUUGUCUCUCGUUGCGGUGGAGGUUCCGAUCCCAAAGUGCUAGCUAAUUUGAUUAGAUUUCCUCGUCAAGGUGAACCCUCAAAUGAAGUCCGUCUUCGCGGAGAGCCGGCUGUGGUCAACAAACUUAAAGUGGAAUUGGAAAAGGCUGUUGCUAUGUUGCGUGACCGUGUCAUCCUCGCUGUAGAGAUUCCUGCGGCGCAACAUCGUGCUCUUAUCGGUCGCGGGGGUCAACACUUGAAUGAGCUCCAGGAUCAAACGGGCGCUCAAAUUCAAUUCCCUGGCUCUCGCUCGUAUGCUCACGUUGGUGAGCCGGAGAAUGCAGUUGACUUUGGUGACGUCGAUCCGGCAAACAUAGUCAAGGUUACCGGUCCUCGUGCUGCAUGCGAGAAAGCUAUUGAUGGUUUAAAGAAUUCUAUGAAGGCGGCAGCUCCGGAGCUCAUUACUUCUACGAUUUCUGUCCCCUUGAAAUACCAUCAUAUCAUCUCUCAGCAAGGCCAAUUCUUCCGGAAUCUCAGAAACUUUGGUGUCCAAGUCGACCAAUCUGUCCAAGCUCAGAAACAGGAAGUGCCCGUCAGACCUGUUCCUUCUGGUACAACUACAGCUCGCAUCGAUGAAGAAGAGGAUCCCGAAGCCCCAGAGGUUGAAUGGGAAGUUGCUCCUAAUUACCAGAAUGCAGAGGAAGGCGAUUCUCUGUGGACCUUAAAGGCUCGCGAUCAAGGAGGAUUGGAACGAGCUGCAAAGCUUGUUCAUGAUGCUAUCGAGCAUGCCAAGGGCAUGUCAUUCAUUGGUUUCCUCACUCUUCCUGACAGAUCAACUUUCCCUCGGAUUGUCGGUUCCAAGGGGGCCAAUGUGAUGAGGAUUCGCAAUGAAACCGGUGCAGACAUCCAAGUAAGCCGGGAGAACAGCACAAUCAUCAUUGUUGGUUCGGAAAAUAGCAUCAUUGCCGCUAAAAAUGCUGUUAUGAGAUUAGCCUCUGGACGUCCACGUCGCCAGCACGACUAA